AUGGCUCCUCUUCUUUCCUUGGCCUUAACGGCCUGCUCCCUCUUGAGCACCGCCUUUGCUCUUCCAGGUCGUGGCGGUGUGCACUCUAUUCCUCGCGCUGUCACCAGAUCCAGCUCUGCUGUCGAGGUCAACACCCUCUACAGCUUCGGCGAUGGCACUUGGGCCGAGAACCUCGCGGUUCGCGCCAAUGGUCAAAUCCUUCUCUCGCGUCUGGACACACCCGAGGUUCUGCAGCUCGACCCGACGGGUGUCAAGGCGCCCAUCACUGUUGCUUCUUGGAAUGCGUCCACUUACAUGGGCUGUCUCGGUAUCUCCGAGACGAACACCGACAUCUUCUAUGUUGUCACCUCGGGCUUUGUUGAUGACGACUUUGUGCUCACUUCCGGCGUCAACAGUAUCUGGGAAAUUGAUAUGACUACUUUCGCCGUCUCUGCAAAGACCGGCCAGGUUCUUUCCAACGCCACCGUUUCCAAGCUGGUUGACGUGACCACUUCUGAUUUCUUGAACGGACUUACUACCCUGUCGGACGACUUGAUUCUUGUCGCCGAUGCUUACAACGGCUGGGUGUACCGCGUCAACACCAACACUGGUGCUUACUCGAUUGCCGUCAACGAUGAGAAGAUGAAGUUCGACUCCAUCGCCAACCCGCCGACCAACAUCGGUGUCAACGGUAUCAAGCUGCACAACGGUUACCUUUACUGGUCCAACACCGCUGUCGGCACAUUGAACCGUAUCAGCGUUAACAGCCAGGGUGCUGCCACUGGCACAUCUCAGGUCGUUACUAGCAAUGUCCCCAAGGCCGACGACUUCAUCUUCAAGAGUGAUGGCGUUGCCUUCAUCGCCCAGAACCAGAUGGAUGAGCUCAGCGUUCUGUACCCUAACCAGUCCGAGGCUGCUGUCAUUGCCGGUAGCAAUAUCUCGACCAUCCUGGCUGGUGUUUCUGCUGGCAAGUUCGGCCGUUUGCCUUCUGAUGAGCACAUUCUCUACUUGACCACUAGCGGAGCUGAGGGAUUGCCUAUCAAUGGCACAGUGACUGUUCCCGCCACUCUCUCGUGGAUCGAUACCUCGGCAUUCUAA